AUGCGCGAGUUACACGAUGAGGACGAAGAACGUUUCGUGGAGAUAGUAGAAGAAGAUGAUGAACAAGAUACAGGGAAUCAAGCCCCCAAGGAGAGAAAAAAGAGCAACUCACCCGCAGAGGGAGAGCCUUUUGUGGAAGUUAUGGAGGAAGAUAAUGAUGAAGAAUUGAAUCUGAUGAGAAAGCAAGAGCUGCGCCUGGAAAUUCGCCGAAUAGAGCAAGAAGUGAAAGACUGGAGAAUCCUGAUUGAA